UAGAGGUGAAUACGGUAGAUCCCAUCUAUCCAUGUAAGCAUCUUCGUUGCCAAUCGCUGUCAGCCUUAUGCCAAACGACAUAACGAAGGGCUGGUUUGGGCGGAAGUUUCUAAUUUAAGCGAGCAUGAAACCGUAUUGCUAAUUUAACUAGCUUCACCUCGGAAUUUGCGUUUGACGAGUCACUUAAAAGGAUUUCUAAAUAGGCGCGCCAACACAGAGCACUGCUCUUCGUUUCGUUAAAAUUGUCAAGCGGCAAAUCUACGAACGGAUGUAUGUAAGUGACCCGUAAUCAUAAUAACUUAACUCGAAGCACCCGUGGCAGGCUCGAACAAAAAGGCGUUCAUCUUUUGAUUCAUCCUGCUCUCAUCAGCAAGUUGUUUUUUGUCAAGCCCUAAACGCAUUGUGUCUUCGUGAAGACGAUGCGUUAAGAAGAGAUUUGACGAAAGGACAAAAAACCAACCUGUCCUAAAUAUCAUUCAAGUGCUACGGCAAUGUCUUCGCGCGAUAACAACCGCUCCAGCUUGGGAUGUCUGAACCACGACUUAGUAACAUCGAAUUUCUUGUGGAUAACUGUGGUAAGCUUGCUCGUCUUAGCGCCGUUAGCUGACGUGCGCUUGGUGGACCGCUGUGAAGUGGCUCGGGCGAUUCGAGAUCACACAACAAUCAAAGGGGCUUGGAAUAUCAAGCAGUUUGUGUGUAUCGCUGACAAGGUGAGCCACUUCAACACAUCUUUUGAGGUUCUGCGUAUAAAUUCACAACGUUCAGUCGGGCUAUUUCAAAUUCCGUCACGUUUCUACUGCCGUAACAAGCCACCCCCGGAAGGCCGGGCCGGGCUUUGUCACAAGCUGUGCGAUUCGUAUCUCGAUGACAGCAUAGGGGAUGAUGCCCUUUGUGCGUCAAUCGCUUACAAGCAAACGGGCUUUCGAUUCUGGAAAGUUUGGUACCACCAGUGCUAUCUAAACAAGGAUAUCAACAAAUACAUCGAGGGUUGCGGCAUCGAAUAAGAGAUUCAGCAUUAUAUAGUAACUAUCAAGCGAUCAAGUUUGAACGAUACAAAAGAAAGACCAAGUUACCAUUUGGCCUCAGUCGCUUAUGAAGGAACUAGUUUCAGUUGCACUAGGUUUUGUACUAUGCCGCUUAAAAACUAGCAGUGUUCUGAAGGGUUAUUCUAGCAUAAAACCCAGCUUUCUGUACUCAAAUGGCGAACAUCAAAUAUUAUUGAAAACUGGUUUCGGACUGAAUUGGAAUCUUUAUGGUACUGUUUUUAUUUUAUAAUAACAAAAUAAAUG